AUGUUGGGAUGGGAGGACGACAUUGUUCCACAAGAACCUAACGAGCCGGCUUCGUCCCGGAGGAGGAGUGAAUCUGGCGGGGGAGGGGAUUACGUAAAAAGAAAAUAUUCUGCAAAAACCAGACUUCUAACAGACGACGCUGACAGGCCCACAACCGUUGCAUUUCCCCGGCGUCCAGCCAGCUCUGAACGAAGCUGUUCGGUUCGUGACCGCCAUGAGGAUAUGACGGCAGUCAUUUCGUGGGGUGGUAGCAUUGCAUGUCCCAGUACGUGCUCGUCCCUAGAUAUGCCCAACUUCCAUUCACUGGUGCCACACACGUGUUAUGAUUUAACAGGAGGAAUGGGAGCUGCGGCGGCGGCGGCCGGCCUCGGCGGUGGCGGCAGCGGCGGCGGUGGCGGUGGCGGGGACGGCUACCUCGUGCUGCUGCCGACGGUGAAGCGGCCCCGCCGGUCGGCCGUGUGGCACUACUUCGCCGAGAUGGAGGGGUCGCAGGGGCGGCGCGUGGUGUGCAGGCUGUGCGGCGGCAGCACCACCCGGCCCGGAGGCGGCACCAGCAACAUGCGCCACCACAUGCGAUCGAACCACCCGCACCUGCUGGGCGGGGACGAGCCCUGCGCCUUCUAG